GCGAUGCAAUGCCCAUUACUCCUCCAUCAGCUAUUGGCUUGCAUCUCUCUCUCUGCGCCAUAACCCGACCGAGAGAGCGAGAGAGAGAGAGACACCGAGGAAGAGAAAGGGAGAGAGAUUCAUCGGAGAGCGACAACGCGUCGUCAUCGCCACCCAGUUGCGACUCUCAUCGUCGCCCCGGCCCGCCCCGCAGCCGAUUCUUGGAUAUUCCCUGCGUCUCUCUGAUUUUCGCUUCUCCUGCUCUUCUCUUCUAUUUUCCUUCCAUUUUCCCUGCCUGCCCUGACCCUUUAGGGUUCUUUUUACCAAGACACUGAUAGAAUAGACUGAUCGCCCUUCCUUCGUUUUCAAUUUAACCUCAUCCCUUUAUCCACGCAGUUUCGAUCUCGAAGGGCUCGGGUUAGGUUCAAAGCUUCCUCACAAAUGGAAGCGUCCGGUGGAAAUUCGGACGCUUUUAUGGAUUCUUUUGCCCCUGCUUCAUCGACCGUGUCAGCUCACUCUCGAAGCCAUGGAACGGGUAUUUCUGCUUCCAACAUUCUGCGAUCGCCCUUCUCCACCUUAUUGGAAUACACUGGAAUUCUUAGAGCCAGGUCCAGCAACCAAGAGUCCGACUCUUUAUUGUAUGAUGAAUCCCACGUUAGAUACAUUGAUCACCGCCCACAACAGCAUUCAAAUCACUCUCCCUCUCCAGAUGCAGAUGGCACUGCAAAUGCUGGAGAGGUUUCCAUUCAGAUCAUUGGCGCCAGUGAUCCUGAGCAUGAGAGGGGUAACCCCAGGUUGCAUUUAGUGCCAUCCGUUGGGCAGCUUAACCUACAAAACCAAUCCUUUUCCCGGCCAAUUUCUAGGUCAGCGUCUGCAGCGUCUGUGUUAUCAUCGUUGGAGAGCCAGAUCGAUUUGAGGACCAAUCGUGAGGCUGGGGAUGUAGCUACUGAUUCAACGAAUGCAAGUGUUAAUACCGAUUCCACUGAGGUUUCUGGUACCCAUAACAGGGAUUCAUCCUCUUCUUACCAAAGAUACGACAUACAGCAGGCUGCUCGGUGGAUUGAGCAGGUCCUUCCUUUCUCCUUGCUUUUAUUGGUGGUUUUCAUCCGUCAGCACUUGCAAGGAUUUUUUACCACCAUUUGGAUUGCUGCUUUCAUGUUCAAGUCUAAUGAUAUUGUUCGGAAGCAGACAGCACUUAAGGGUGAGAGAAGAAUAAUAUUUCUUAUUGGAAUCUCCAUUCUCUUCACACUUCAUGUUGUUGGGGUUUACUGGUUGUUUUGGAGUGAUGAUCUGUUUUACCCAUUAUUGAUGCUGCCGCCAAGAACCAUACCUCCUUUCUGGCAUGCAAUAUUCAUUAUUAUGGUCAAUGAUACACUUGUCCGUCAGGCUGCUAUGGUCCUCAAGUGUGCACUAUUAAUGUAUUACAAAAAUAGCAGAGGUCGAAACUAUCGUACACAGGGUCAGAUGCUAACUUUGAUUGAAUACCUGUUGCUGCUUUACCGUGCACUGCUGCCUGCUCCAGUAUGGUAUCGCUUCUUUUUGAACAAAGAAUAUGGUAGCCUCUUCUCAUCCUUGAUGACUGGACUGUACUUAACUUUCAAGCUUACCUCUGUUGUUGAGAAGGUUCAGUCAUUCAUUACUGCUCUGAAAGCAUUGUCAAGGAAGGAUGUCCAUUAUGGAUCUUAUGCUACAACUGAGCAGGUAAUUGCAGCAGGAGACCUGUGUGCUAUUUGCCAGGAAAAAAUGCAAGCUCCGGUUCUUCUACGUUGCAAACAUAUAUUUUGUGAGGACUGCGUGUCUGAGUGGUUUGAGAGAGAACGAACAUGCCCCUUAUGCCGGGCCUUGGUGAAACCUGCUGAUCUCAGGUCAUUUGGUGACGGAUCCACUAGUCUAUUUUUUCAGUUGUUCUGAAUCCAGGAGGCUAUCUGUGUUGCAGCAUUAUAGGCCCAAGGAAGUAGCACCAUUGGUUUUGCAUGUAAAGUUUAACACACUGAUGAGUGAUUGUUUACGGUGGCUCUGACAAAUAGUUAGAUGCGGCUGAUAGAACUCGACCUCCACCUAUUGUUGUUGUUGUUGAUAAGUUGUAAGCAUGUAACGAUUCCUAUUGGAGCUUCCUCUACCGCUCCUCAUAGUAGAAUGUAUAUAGUGCACCAUGCUGGCAAGUGUCCGCUGAAUUUUGGCAGGCUUUUUCUCUACCCUGCAGGCAUGUUUAUGAAUUAGAACAAGUGCAUAGUUGAUUACUCCAAUGCCUAUGGAUUAUGUUGAUCUUAUUCCGAGGAAUGGAACUUGUGAUUACGGGUUUAAAGUCACGUGACGAAUAAAGA